AUGCCAAAUCUCUUUGGCCUGCUGAGAUUAGGGUGUGACGGCGCCGAUCGCAGGCCAGGCCAGCAUCUGAAUUCAUACACUGUACAAUCAUUAUUGAAAACCUACUUGAAUCUUACCAUCUCCAGUCGGCUUUGCGAGGGCCUGCCCUUGGUCGGCCACGACGCGAUGCUUAUUCCUCAAGAAUCUGGAUCGCACAGCUCCACCCAAGUGCCCAGCAAUACAGUGUUGAGGUUCCGAAUUGGGGCCUAUUCGCGGAAGCCGAGGGUUGUUUCUCAUCGGGGGCCAGUCCGUGCUCAGCUGAACCUGCCGCAACAUGUCAGACCUCAUAUCAACGCUCAUCAUCCCAAUCGUAAUCUUAUACACAACAAUAGCCGAAAACCUACUCAGGACCAGCAGAAUGAGCACAACCCUGUGACAUUUGGUGAGCCGAAGAUCCUAUAUGAGCCAUUCUGGAUCUUUCCCACGAAGGACAAUGCGAAUACGAGAUCGGGGGUGCAGUUCUGUAAGUCCGACUCGGUCCGAUCCAGAGCUACGCGUUGA